AUGAAGAUGAGCGGGUGCACUCUCAUUUUCUUCCAGCGUGUUUCGAGAGCUGAAGUUCGUGCCUCGAAGAUCUCUCAACGCAACCUUCACUCCGGACAUAGGUCCUCGGGGUUCACGCUCGUCGAAGCGAUUCUGGCUUUGACCAUCAGUGUGAUUGCAGGGUCGGCCAUUGUGUUGGGGCUUUCGAGUUCGCUGCAAACCACGCAAGUCGCCGAGGACGAGACGGUGGCCCUUGGGAUGGCAAAACAGAUGAUGGAUGAAAUCGCCAGCAUGCGGUACGCCGAAGCGGGCGAGGGGCCUUACCAAACCACGCUCGGCCCGGAAGUGGGCGAAGUUUCGCCGAGCGGGCGAGCCCAGUUUGAUGACAUCGACGACUUCGACGGCUUGAGCAACCAACCGCCGACCGAUUAUUGGGGAAUCCCACUGGGGUUCGACGAUGGCGAGGGCGGAACACGACACUCGGAGUUAACGGCUCCGGCGAAUCGAUUCACCAACUGGCGGCGCGAAGUUGACGUGUAUUACGCCAACCCGACGAGUUUCGAUACACCGCUUUCGGGAAGCACGACCAGCGACUAUCGGGUUGUGGUGGUCCGUGUCCUUCGCACCGAUCUCGAUGGAAGUGAACACGAAUUGGCUCGAAUGCAGAGGGUGUUCACGCAUGCGGCUAGCUCUGGGUGGCGUUAUGGACAAGGGCAUGCGGAUGCGACACAGCAUGCCCGCGUGUCGCUGGAACGUAUGAUGCGCACGGUCCGCGAGGCCUAUGCGACGGCCGAUCAUCCUGGCUGCGCGGUGCUGUACACCGAGGUUGGCUCGUGGCGUUUUCCGGACACGCUCAUUGUUUGGGCACCUGAGGGAGAGCCACAGAAUCCCGAUGGCCCUCCGCUGGCGAACGAAUGCGUGAUGUUCUGCCCCGAUCCUGCCGAUCCGAGUCAGUUGGUCGAGAUUCGCGCGCCGUCCGACACGCAGGCGGUUCCGCUGGAAGAACUGAACAAUCCCAGUUGGCAAAGCGCGAUCGAAGCCUACAAGACCGCUGUAUCGAAUGAGAAAGUGGUCCUGACCGAUUUGCUCCGCACCAGUCAGAACGACAUCGGUACUGCGCCGCGAGGGGCGAUUCGGUUCGAGCGGGAACUACGGCCCUCUAAUUCUGAAUGGACCGCUUAUCAAGACCCGAUGGUGAGCCUGGACUGGGAUGAACUCUCGUGGCCCCAAGAUCUAUACGGAUCGAACUGCGGUACUCGCAAUGUCUGGAUUCGAGUUGAGAUGCAGUUGAUGCCCGGCCAGGAAUCGAUCACUGCCGAUCCUUCGGGUCAGCAGGCAGUGACAUUCUUCGACUCGGCCAGCUUGAGCUACUCCGUCGAGAAGUAA